CAGCGGCCGCCGAGAGGGGCCCGGCGGGCGCGCCGGACAAGCCCGGCUACCCGGACGCCGUGUACGUGAUGGCGGCGAACGUCUUCCAGGGCAUCCGAAUCGAAAAGUCGCCCGAGAAAGUCUUGAUAAAGUACGGGACCGCGCCGCUGCUGUCCCUGUCCGAGGCUGAGGACGAGUCCUCUCGGCGUCUGUCCUACGAGCUGGCCUUCAGCGCCCUGAAAUAUCAAGAUAUUUUGGAAACUAUAUUAAUAGACAGCUAUAUCUUCCCAAGUACCACAAUACCAGACCAUUUGAGCAGUCUUGUCAUUGUGAUGCUGUAUGAUUUCCAAGAUAGAAAAUUUCAAACUCGUGACCUUUCUGAUAAUGAAGAGUCCAUAUCAGAAGUUCAAGAAGUAGAAAAUCUUCUUAACAGUUUUAAGACAAAAUUGGCUGCAGCAUUGGCAAGAUGUCGAAUCAAACACGAUGCCCUUUCAAUUUACCACAUUCUCCCAGAAACAGUUAGGAAGCAGGAACUGCGGGCCUCCACUUUGCCACUUUAUGCUUGGAUAAAUACUUGUAAAAUCAGCCCUGAAGAAGUUUAUAAUAAUUUGAAGAAAAGAGGCUAUAGUGAAGUCAAAUCUGUAUUGCAUAUUGAUGAUAAAGUCUUUGCUGUGGACCAACAUUGCUAUGAUGUUUUAAUUUUUCCAUCUCAUCUUAAAAAUGAUCUUAUAAGUAUAGAUCUUUUCAAAGAUUAUAAACUUAUUUUUCAGGACAAAUCUCGAAGUCUUGCUGUGCACUCUGUAAAGGCUUUAUUAAAUAUGGAUGAUGAUAUCUUAAUGGUCAAUACAGGCUCAUGGUACACGGCUGCCCAUAUGUCAACCUUAACACAUGAUAACACCUCAAAAAUAUUUGUGUGUGGAGUGCAAUCACAAGCUAAAGAUCCCGACUUGAAGAACCUUUUCAAAAAAAUGGGAUGUAAAAAUAUUGAAAUACUUCACGAGGCAUUUAUUAACAUUGAAUCAAAGGAUCACAGGUUACAGAAAGUUAAAGUAAUUCUGCUGCUACCUCGUUGUUCAGGACUGGGUGUUAGUAAUCCGGUAGAAUUUAUUUUAAAUGAACAUGAAGGUACAGAUUUACUUAAAGAUCUCUCUCAAGGAGGCACAUCGGAAGAUAAACUUCAUGUUCUUGCUCAACAGCAAUAUGAACAGUUAAUACACGCAAUGAAAUUUACUAAAGCUCAGGCAGUUGUUUACUGCACAUGUUCCGUGUAUCCAGAAGAAAAUGAAGCUGUGGUUAAGAAAGCGCUGGACUUUCAAGAUCUUGGGAAUAAAGUGCAACCUUACAGGCUUAGUCCUCCUGUUCUUCCACUGUGCUCCUCAAAGGAAAUACACUUGGCUACUGAUAAGUUCUUAAGGAUGGAGCCAUCUGAAAUUACCAAUGGUUGUUUUCUUUCUGUUUUAACAAGGGAGCGGGACCCGUCUGAGACAGUCUCUGUGAAAGAUGUUUUAGCCCGAGCUGCAGCCAAGGGUCUACUGGACGGGAUUGAAUUGGGCAAAUCAUCAAAACGGGAGAAGAAGAAAAAAUCAAAAAUAUCAUUGGCAAAAGCUCCUGUUACCGACAACAACGGCAUCCAAAUGAAAAUUGCUGAGUUCCUGAAUCGAGAAGCUAAAGCCGCUGCUAAUCAAGCCGAAACAGUACCCAAAUCACCUCUUUCCCAGAAAAAAACUGCUCAAGCUGGGGCUUCCCCCCAGUUCAGAAAACUCAACAAGCCCUCCCCCAACCCUCUGGUGCCUGCGCUUACAAAGAACACUGGUCCCUCCAGACCAUACGAGCGGCAGACAAACUUCGUAAGACCUCGCCCAGAAAACAGAAUGGUUCCCCUGAAGCCUGUCGAGAUUAUUUUGCCUCCAGUAGUGAUGCCAUUUUCAAGUUCCGAAGGGCUCAGAUCCCAUGUACCAGCUUCACAGUUCUACUAUCGCUGGGUUGCACCCAGGCCUCUGCUGAGCAGCAGCCUUCCCACACCAUCACUGUCCAGAAAGGGGGAAAAGCCGAAAGAAAACUUACCCAGGCGUCCUCGACCCUUGCUGUGACUGUCCUGCAAUUUUUACAGGGGCCGAGUGCAGGUGAUUUUAUUUUCAAAAAUCUGGUACUUCUCAGAAGGUUACACAUCCCUACACAAGAUACUCAUCUUUUUGGGCAUUUAGUAUCUUGUAAAUGUGGUAUCACUGUCAGAGAACUAAGACAAGGGAUAAACAAUAAAGUAGGGGAUUAAGCAAAGCAGAAUCUGGAGAUUUCAGUAGCUCAGUGCUGAUCUGUUGUAGGCUGUCCGGUGUGGACUGAGUACCGGCUGUUAGAACCUGUCUCCCUCGUGUUAACUUUCAGUCUGGACUCAAAGCUGCAACAGUUUCUCCUGCCUCCGCGCGGGCUGCUUCUCAGACUGGAGGGGCAGCCGGGAAGCUCAGAUACGGACCAGGUGCUGGCUGUCUCCUGCCAGCUCAAGACUGCGCUUUGGUAUCCAGGCAGGUGUGGUUUAACUUUUUCAAUCACGAUCGAAGUUGGUUUUUUUCUUAAAUAUCAAACUAUUCUUUGAA